UCAGUACCAGAGAACUCAAGUGAUGUUGCUUGUUGCGCUUUGGAUGAUAAUAUUAUUUAGUUGGUUACUGGUUUUACUUUAGAUAACUCUAAGGAAAUGUAAUGGUUGUCUGCUAAAUUAAACUGAUUAUUUAGUACAAUUUGUUUUUAAAGAUAUCUUAAUUUUGUUAAACCAUCCGUCUUUUAAUUUAAUGGUAAUUUGUUCAAACAAAUUUUCCGUGUUAGAUCCUGCGGCUGGAAUUUGACUUUUACGAGGAACACAGGAACGCAACGCCAUUUGAGAGGCGCGCGAGCGGUGCGAGGACACAGACGGCAUCAGACACAACAAGCCUCCACAGCCUGUGAUGGUAUAAGACCUGGUGCCACCCUGAUCAAAGCCUGACCGAGCACGAGCCUCUAACUGUCUAACAACAAACAUGACGGCCAUCAACGCACCGCGGGACAAAUACAAUGCAGUAUGGAUCAUUUUCUUCAUCCUGGGCUUGGGAACCCUCUUACCCUGGAAUUUCUUCAUGACGGCGACGAUGUACUUCACAAGCAGGCUGAAGGACCCAUCAGCGGACAUCUCCUCCCAUCAGGCGACCAACGAGACCUCGGAGGACGGAGAUACUCACAACGUGCUGGAGUCAAAGUUCAACAACGUGAUGACGCUUUGCGCCAUGGUGCCGCUGCUAAUCUUCACCUGCCUCAACUCCUUCCUUCACCAGAGGAUUCCUCAGAAGCUUCGGAUCAUCGGUAGCCUCGUGGUCAUCCUGGUGGUUUUCCUGUUGACGGCGGUGUUCGUCAAGGUGGACGUGGCCCCGCUGACCUUCUUCACCAUCACCAUGAUCAAAAUUAUCUGCAUCAACUCAUUCGGGGCGAUUCUUCAGGGCAGUCUGUUCGGCCUGGCAGGAAUACUGCCCGCCUCCUACACCACCCCCAUCAUGAGUGGACAGGGGCUGGCCGGCACCUUCGCCGCUUUCUCCAUGAUCUGCGCACUGGCCACUGGAUCGGCCCUGCAGGACAGCGCCUUUGGUUACUUCAUCACAGCCUGUGUGGUCAUUCUUCUGGCCAUAAUGUCUUACAUUGUGCUGCCCAGGAUGGAGUUUUUCCAGUUCUACAUGGAGAGUAAUGGAUCCUCACCCUCUGCUGAUGAGGAGAACAAUAUGGACGUACACACAAAAGAAAGCCCAGCAGAGAAGCGACCGGUGGUCAGUCUGGUGGAGGACGAGGCCAAGCCCACCGUGUCGGUGAUAAACAUCUUCAAACAGAUCUGGGUGAUGGCUCUGUCGGUGUGCUUCAUCUUCACCGUCACCAUUGGAAUUUUCCCGGCCGUAACAGUGGAGGUCAAGUCGACGGUAGCAGAUGGGGGCACCUGGGAAAACUACUUCAUCCCUGUGUCGUGUUUCCUCCUCUUCAACCUGAUGGACUGGGCUGGCAGGAGUCUGACGGCCGUCUGCAUGUGGCCGGGUAAAGACAGCAGAUGGCUUCCUGUCAUGGUGGGCCUGCGGGUCAUCUUCAUCCCUCUCUUCAUGCUGUGUAACGUCCAGCCUCGUUACUACCUCCCCGUGGUGUUUAGCCACGACGCCCUGUACAUCAUCUUCAUGAUCGUCUUCUCCUUCUCCAACGGAUACCUGGCCAGUCUCUGCAUGUGCUUUGGACCCAAGAAGGUGCCACUGCAUGAGGCGGAGACGGCGGGGGCCAUCAUGGCCUUCUUCUUGUCCCUCGGCUUGGCGCUGGGCGCUGGAGUCUCCUUUGCUUUCCGGGCCAUGAUCUAAAACCUCCAGCAGACCCUUCAGUAGACGUAGAUUAGACCACGACGCCGUCAAACACUCGACCUGUCAACUAUCUCCGACCGAGUGGAGACGGCACAGCAGACCAGAAGACUAGAGGACCUAAGUCCUCUCAAGUGUACAGUAGAGACUCGACUCAUCCAGCCAUCUCAGCAACAAUAUAAGCUAAAAUAUGCUACUGAAUAUUUAGUGUUCUUCCAAACUCAGCAGCCAUUGGUCAAAACGGCUUGUUUCUCUGAGAUGAUUUGAAGAGUUCAGAGUGCAACUAGACAAGCGAAUCAAAACCAAAACUCAUCGUGGAAACGACGGCAGAGAUUCUCCGAGGUGUUUUAAAUUUCCCCAGAUAUCACAAGUCUUGAGCCCAGACAGAGUUAAUGAAGACGGACUGUACACGUAGUAUCCUAGAGCCUCCUUCAUAAAAUAUUCUAAUGCAAAAAAUGAUUUAAAAAAUGAUAAAACGAUGUUUUUAUGUGAAGUAAAGUUAAACAUCUUACACUUUCUUUGAAACGGUCACAUUCAGUUAUGAUGGUGUGUAAAUAAAGUUUUUGUUUUUAUAAAUGAGGCUCUUAGAUUCUGGUGUUCGGCUCGUCUACAUAAACCUGUCAGUUUAUGUAUUAAUUAUGUUUAACUGAUCCGCAACGUGUUAUAUAUAUAUUUUUUUUUUUUGAAUGACUUCACUCUGGACUGUUGCAGCUUUUUAACUCUGAUCAAGCCAAAUACAAGAAGACAACAUGGGAAAUGAUGAACUUUGAAGGGAGCCCACGACCCAUCAAACUGUGUGUGUGUGUGUGUGUGUGUGUGUGUGUGUGUGUGUGUGUGUAAACCACUUUGUGUUUUGUAAACUCACUCAUAACAGAUCAGUAAAUUCUCAAAGAAUGUAAGGACGGACUGAAACCUAAAGACGAGGUUUUAAUCAAUAAUCUGGUCCACUAUCGGCUGAAUGUUCAUCUCUUAGAGGGGGGUGUCUGUAGUUUAGAGGAUGUUGCAGCAGCAUGGGUCUAUUUGGUUUAUCUGAAAACACAAGUCACAUUUUCUGUCCACAUGUUGAAGUUGUACUGUCACUAUGUCUUCCGGUUACAUUUUGCUCCAAUGUAUUAUUGAUCGCAGCAAAAAGAAUAUGCCAUUAUCAGUAUCGUGAAAUGUGCCAUGUGUAAAUGAGAUUAGGAGACUUUUUAAUCUCAUUCUUGGGUUUUUCUCGAGCCUGUGACAUUUCUCAUUUAAACCCAUUUUCAUGUAAGAUAAGUUUUGUAUCAGAAGUAGAGUUUAGUAUGUUUUUCAAACUUUACCACUUGGCUGUAGCCGAGAUAGUGUUCUGAAUGCGGCGGAGAUAAAGGGCUUUGAUGCCGGUCUGGUAUAUUUUUGUGGCCUUUUUGAUGCUUUUUGUUUGAAGUUUGCUUUAGAUGUACACUAGUCAUAAAGCCAGCUGUGUACAUCCUAAAUGUUUGUUUAUAAGCACAACAUUGGUCUGUUCUUCCAUACUUUGGUUGGUAUGGGAGUUAUGGACCAUUAAAAUGUUACAUAUUUUGCAGCUUAAAACAGUUCUGUGAUCAAAUAAAACUAUUUUUAAGAA